AUGAGGCCGGACACGGAGAUGGAACUAACGGAAGAAGAAAAAAGAGCGUGGGCCAGUCUACACGGCGGGGGCGGCUGGGGCAAGCGGGGCUGGCAGGACAUGAGCUCGGCCUGGGGCAAGCGCGGAUGGCAAGACCUGAACUCCGCUUGGGGCAAACGUGGCUGGCAGGACCUUAACUCAGCAUGGGGCAAGAGAGGGUGGCAAGACUUAAAUUCCGCGUGGGGCAAGAGAGGCUGGCAAGAUUUGAACACCGCUUGGGGCAAACGCGCAUGGAGGGAUUUGUACCAAACUCCAUGGGGAAAGAGGGGCUGGCAAGAUCUUAACUCUGCUUGGGGCAAGCGCGGCUGGCAGGACAUGAGCUCUGCGUGGGGCAAACGAGGAUGGCAAGACAUGAGCUCUGCUUGGGGAAAGCGCGCACCUGAGAAAUGGGCUAACUUCCACGGUUCCUGGGGCAAGCGCUCCGGACCCGAACCUGACUACGAGGACUACGAAAUCGCCUACGAUCAUCUCGUCCCUAUUCAACAGAUGGAAGCCGAACGCCUAGCCAUGGACGCUCCGGAGAAGAAAGCUUGGUCGUCACUCCACGGGGCCUGGGGCAAGCGGCCCAUGAAGCAGGCGCAGUACAACAGUGGAGCGUAUUACUGGAAGCGGGAGCCCGGCUGGACAAACUUGCGGGGCAUGUGGGGCAAGCGGAGCGACCCGCCCCUAGACGAGGACCACGAGGGAGCCACCGGGGACGAGGCCUAGACCACAGCAGCUGUAACAUACGCGAGAACUUUCAAGUCAUAUCUACUACGAUGUAAUGUCUUAUAAUACUUGUGUCCGUCACUCACUUCGCAGUCGACUGAGUUCAUUUAUUCGGCGGUAUCGGUUCCUAGCUCCUUGUUUCUCAUCUCCGUUUCCGUUUGAACUCGUACAAAAUAACUUACAUGUCCUUAUUGUAUGUCACCUUCUAGAUUAUUCUAAUUGUUAAGAUUUUCAUUUGCUGUACUCAGACCAGAUGCCAUCUCUUUCACUCCUCGUGUGUCAGAGAAGGAUAGCUGACGUUCUGCGUGUAGCAAAUAAAAUAUUCUCAUAUAAGGUAAUAUUUAUUUGAACGUGAUCCGUAUACGUAGGCUUAAGUACUAUAGAGAUUGGGUGUAACUAUGUAUGUAAUAGGUAGUUGAAUUAAUUACGUAGUUAUGUACUUAUAAUUGUAUUUUAUUAGUAAAGUUGAUGUACAUUGAAGGGCUCCGUUCGAUGUUGACGUUUGUCCAAUAAAAGUUUAUUCGAA